AUGUUAAAAGAUUCAAAAUUUUCAUCACAUCUUCUUCAUUUAUCACAAUUACAAAUUAUUAAUCAUAAAACUUUGGAUGAAUAUCGAGAUCGUUUAAAAACUUAUGAAGAUUAUCUUUGGUUUGGUAAACCUGAGAAAAUCUCCGCUAUUGAAUGCGCACGUCGUGGCUGGGCAUGUCAAGCGAGUGAUUCAAUUGAAUGUAUGAAUUGUCAUGCACAAAUUUUAGCUCAAUUACCAAGUGUUCUCAAAAUAGAUGAAUAUACAGAAUCUAUAGAGAAUACAGCUCGAUCAUUAGUUGAUUCUCAUCAUCGUUAUUGUGUAUGGAAAUUUAUGAUUAUUCCUGAGUCAAUUAUUCAAUUAACAGAUAUUUACUCGAAUGAAACAAUAAAUAAAUUUAUACAAGAAGCAGAAGAAUUUUUAUCACAAAUAAAUCAAAUUGAUAUUGUUGGUCAAUUGAAAACAUUAUUUCAUAUUGAACCCACAGAUUUUGAUCUUUUAUCUAGUACACAUUUAAACGAUUCACGUUUAUUAUCUGCAUUUAAGAUUGUUGUUUUUUGUUGGAAACUUAAAAAUUCAUUAUUAACUUGUGAUAAAUGUUGUCGAGAAAUUCAUAUUGAUAUAAAUCAUCUCGUAUUCGAUCCAAUUCUAUCUCAUCGUGCUUGGUGUCCUGUUUUAAAAAAUAAUCAAUGGAAAAAACGAAUCGAACAGAUUGAAAAUAUUCUACAUGAAAAAUCUCGGCAUAAACUUGAAGAAAUAAAAACAACACAUGACCAAACAGAACAGAUUCUUCCUGAUAUAAUCUCAACACAAAAUCUUUUCCAUGAAUUAAUAUCAAGUAAAGAAUAUUACCGUUCAUGUGUACAAAGUACAUUUGUUGAUAAUACAUCAACAUCAGAUGAUAUGGAUCAUUCAACGAAAAACUCCAUGUCAACAUAA